UUACAGACGAAUCUUUUGUGACACUGGUAACGAAUAAUCAGUAUGGUGUAGGAGCCUUAAUACUCGCUCUUUCUUUAAAGGAAGUAAAAACAAGCAGAAUGCUGUCAGUAAUUGUUACUGACAAAAUUUCUCGGGCUGUCGUUGAACGACUGCGAACAGGGUUCGACUUUGUAUUUACGGUAAAUGAAUUAAAUAGUAACGAUGCAGCUAAUUUAGCUAUACUACAACGUCCUGAAUUGGAUGUUACUUUAACAAAAAUACUCGCUUGGGGAUUAACACAAUUUCGAAAAUGUUGCUUUAUGGAUGCUGAUACCCUGGUAAUUUCAAAUGUUGACGAUAUAUUUCAAAGGGAAGAAUUAAGUGCGGCUCCAGAAGUGGGAUGGCCAGAUUGUUUCAACUCUGGGGUUUUUGUUUUCCUUCCUUCCAAGAAACAAUUAUCACAACUAACUACAUUUGCGAAAAUUAAUAGAAGUUUCGAUGGCGGUGAUCAAGGAUUAUUAAAUAUGUUUUUCAAUGACUGGGCUACUGCAAAUAUUAAAAAACAUCUGACAAGCACAUUCCCGUUCGAAAAAUUUAAAACCGUCUGGGAGAAUGGGGAAGCUCACCACGCCUUUGAGAUUAAUGCGGAUAAACACUCUACUCACGUGGCUGAAGGCUUUUUUCAUAUUCAGAAAAAACUUGACGAGAUGAUUGCUCCUCAAAAAGCUAAUUAUAAGGAAAAUAUUGAAGAUUACAGAACUUUAAAUAUUGAAGAUGAAAUAUUUUAUGAUAACACAUUAGCAGUUACUUUAUGUUAUCAAGGUUUUUUGACUAAGGAAAAGCCCAAUCUGCGCACAACGAGUGACCUAGAUCUAGAAGAGAGAAAGGAAAAAAUAUACCAGAGUCCUUCAUGUGGCCUUUAUAUGCGCUAA